CUGGUUUCCUAUCCAGACCUUCCCACUAGGUCCAGGGGUAACAAUGGUACCAGUACUGCUGUCCCUGCCAUUCCUUCUGGGUCCUGCAAUCCCCCAGGAGACACCAGGAGCUGGUCCUUACUCCCUGGCCUUUCUCUACACAGGGCUGUCCAAGCCCACUAGACUCUUCCCCAAAUUUCAAGCCACUGCCUUCCUCAAUGACCAGGCCUUCUUCCACUACAAUAGUGACAGCAGGAAAGCAGAGCCCAUAGGACCAUGGAGACAGAUAAAAGGAAUGGAAGACUGGGAGAAGGAGAGCCAACUUCAGAAGGCCAGGGAGGAAAUCUUCCUGGUGGCCUUGAAAGACAUCAUGGACUAUUACAAGGACAGAGAAGGGUCUCACACCUUUCAGGGAAUGUUUGGUUGUGAGAUCCAGAAUAACAGAAGCAGUGGAGCCUUCUGGAGGUAUGCCUACGAUGGACAGGACUUCAUCGAAUUCAACAAAGAAAUCCCAGCCUGGGUCACCUUGGACCCAGCAGCCCUGAAAAUCAAGCGGAAGUGGGAAGCAGAGGAAGUCUUCGUGCAGCGGGCAAAGGCAUACCUGGAGGAGGAGUGUCCCAGGAUGCUGCGGAGGUACCUGAACUACAGCAAGGCUCUCCUGGACCGGCAAGAUCCUCCCUCUGUGUCAGUCACUGGCUACUUGGACCCAGGAAAAAACAAGACAGUUAAAUGCCUGGCCUAUGACUUCUACCCACAAGGACUUGGUCUGCGCUGGAUCCGGACUGGCAAGAAGCGGGAGUCUGAGUCAAGGGUAGAUGUUCUUCCCAGUGGCAAUGGCACAUACCAGUCCUGGGUGGUGAUGGAAGUCCCCCUGCAGGACAGAGGUCCCCACUUCUGCCUUGUGGAGCAUAGUGGACUGGCCCAGUCCCUUACAGUGCCAUGGGAGGAGAAGCAGAAAACCAGGGAUAAAGGCAUUUUGGGGACCCAGCCUCGGCAUGAAAGAACUGAACUACGGAAAUCACCAUCAUUGUACCAGCAAGACCCCAAAUCCAGGCGGAUUUGGCAACAGAAGACUUGAACAUCUGAUCCUGAGCUCACUCUUACUGCCAAAUCACCUCACUUUAGAAAACUCCCCAAUAUCCAAUCUGUAAAGUAUCAGUCAAAUUAAUACCCUUGACUAGCACAGCAAAGAAAGGUAUUUCUAAACUAUGAAGUGCUAUAAAAUGUGUGUUGGCUCUCUUA